AUGGUUCAGCUGGACUAUUCUGUUGAAGAGCCCUUGAAUCGGGAGCCAGACUUGGAGAGGUUGGUGUCAAGCUUCAUUACAACAGAGGGCUAUGAUCGUAACCAUGGCCCAAUCCCUCACCUGGACGCCAACACCCACAGGGUUUCCAUAUUCGGCCUCGUCCAAAACGAAAUCUCACUUUCAAUAGCAGACCUAAAAUCCCUUCCCCAGCAUAGCGUGGUAUGCGCGCUCCAAUGCGCCGGCAACAGACGGCACACCAUGCGUACAAAGCUCAAGGAAGUUUCCGGAAUAGACUGGUUCGAUGGCGCAGUCAUGAACUGUAAAUGGACUGGCCCACUGCUCUGCGACGUGCUCCAAAAAGCCGGUAUCAAACUCGAUGACGGAAAGCGGAAAGGUGCACAUGUCGCAUUUUCAUGUUUCCAAACCCCAACGCAGGAUGAUGUAUUCUACGGGGCUUCGAUACCACUAUCACGCGCCAUGGACCCGGAGAGCUCGAUUCUGCUAGCGCUUGAGAUGAAUGAUAAACCGCUUCCACCAAACCAUGGUGCACCUGUGAGAAUCGUCACCCCAGGGAUCGCGGGCGCGAGGAGCGUGAAGUGGCUUGAUCGCAUUACAGUUCAGAUGUCGGAGAGCGAGAGCUACUACCAGCAGCACGACUACAAGAUCCUACCCCCAGAAGCGGAUUCGAAAGAGAAGGCAGAGGAAUGGUGGGGUAAAGUUAGCGCGCUACAAGACAUGCCCAUCAACAGCGUCAUCGGUGUUCCCAAACCAGACUCUGUUGUGCACCGGCACACGGAUGGAACUGUUGAGGUGAAGGGGUAUGCACUACCGAGUGGGUCUGAUGGGCCAAUAGUGAGGGUUGAGGUCAGCGUUGACGGCGGAGCAACGUGGAUGGAUGCUGAGUUGGUAAAGGCUUAUGAGGGAGAAGAGGCGAACGAUGUGGAGCUGAAGUGGGCAUGGACGCUGUGGAGGGCGCGGGUGAAGGUUGAGAAGGGGAAAGAUGUGAAAAUCUUUAGUCGGGCGACAGAUAAGAGUGGCAGUACGCAGGAGAAGUCUACGGAGUGGAACUUCAGAGGCGUGGCAUAUAAUGCAUACGGCGAGGUUUCUGGCUUGGAGAUUGUCUGA